CAACAACAUCAACAUCAUCAGCAUCAGCACGUUGCGUGUCUGGCUUUGCGACUCUCUUUUUUCUUCUUUCCCUCUUUUUGAUCUUUCUUCCACUCAUUCAUCCUCUUUUAACUUUUUGUUCCUUUUGUCCUUUUGUCCUGUCUUGUCUUCUUUUUUUCUUUUGUUUGGGGCUUCCUAAUUAUCUGGUCUUCCCAAGGUUAGGUUCUCACCCCGGGUUUUCUAGCCCCAUUCUACCCCCUUUUCUGAGCGCCACCGGGGUUAUCGAUCUGGCCUCACCCGUAAGAAAAGUCUCAAAGGAUAUUCCUGGUUUCGCAAUAGUACACGGGAAGAGAAUAAGACAAAUCAAAUCAACAAAGACUACCCCACACGGACAGCCAACAUGGUGUACAUCCGGCAACACCAGUUGCCCAACCUGAAGAAGUACUGCUAUUCGGGAGUCGACCUGUCCCCGAUCAGUCAAUAUGUUCUCAAGCCAUUUUAUAAUAAUGUCGUCGUCAAGUGUCUUCCGAUGAGCAUGGCUCCUAAUGCUAUUACUCUGACGGGGUUCUUUUUCGUCAUGGUCAACUUCUUUACUAUGCUGUGGUACAACCCGACGCUGGAUCAGGAUUGUCCGCCUUGGGUGUAUGCUAGUUGCGCCGUGGGUCUGUUCUUGUAUCAGACUUUCGACGGUGUAGAUGGCAUUCAAGCGCGGAGAACCAAGCAGAGUGGCCCUCUGGGGGAGCUGUUUGAUCACAGUGUCGAUGCGUGCAACACGGCCUUGGGUGUGUUGAUCUUUGCGGGCGUGAUAAACCUUGGCCAGUCGUGGUACACUAUGCUGGCGCUGUUCGGAUCAACCGUGACCUUUUACAUCCAGACGUGGGACGAGUACUACACCCAGGUGCUCACGCUGGGCGUCGUCUCCGGUCCCGUUGAGGGCGUCCUGACCCUCUGCGUCGUCUUUGGCUUCACGGCCUACGUGGGCGGCGGCAGCUUCUGGCACCAACCCAUGCUGGCGACUAUGGGCGUCCCCAAGGUGGACGCUAUCCCGGAUGCGGUGUACGACAUGCCCUUCACGAAGUGCUACAUGAUCUACGGCAGCAUCAUCCUGUUCUUCGCCAUCGGUUCCAGCAUUCUCCACGUCAUGCAGGUCCAGCGCAAGCGUGGCCAAGACCCCGUCAAGCCGCUGUACGGUCUCCUGCCGAUCGUCGUGGUGUGGGCUCUGGUGUCCGCCUACUUGUACAUGCAGCCCACGAUCCUUGAGCAGUAUACGGUGCCCUUUGCCCUGUUUGUGGGCAUGGUGAAUGCGUACUCCGUGGGUCGAAUGAUCACCGCGCAUCUGACCAAGACCGAUUUCCCCUACUUCAAUGUGCUUCUGGUCCCUCUGGCCCUGGCCGUCGUGGACAGUCUUGGACAGGUGGUGGGUCUCUGGCCGGGUGUUCUGAAUGAUGAGCCCCGCCAGAUUGCCUUUAUGUUCGCCUGUCUGGGCCUGUCUAUUGGUACCUAUGGCAGCUUCAUCUACGACAUCAUCACCACGAUCUGCGACUACAUCGACAUCUGGUGCCUGCGCAUCAAGCACCCCUACGUGGAGGGGGCCAACGGGACGGCGAAGAAGACCCGGUAGGGACACCGUCUUUCGCGUCGUGAUGAACGGUCGUUGCGCAUAUCAACUAUGCCAUCCUGUUGUCUUCAUUUCAUCCAUGCCAUCAUAUACAUAGAGGCAUAUAUAUACAGUUGAUUCGGGUUCGGAUCAGGGGAGGUUGGUAUUUUCUUCGAGCGCCAGAAGCGACUGGGACGGUUCUUUGCGCAGAGUCCGGCUGAUAUGCAGGUACAUAGGCUUGGGAUUAUUUGAACGGGUGCAGUGAUGCUGUGAGCGGGCUGUAUCUGAUUAGUAGAUAUGUAACUUUGUCUUUGUUUGUGUUGAGGUGUCCGGUUGUCCAGUUGUCCAGGUUGUCCAGUUGUCCAGGUUGUCGCAGGGUUGUCCACAGGGUUGUCCAAGAAGUCCCCAUGGAAUGUCCC